CUCGCCCCUGCUGGUUAUGGCUCUCGGCCGGACGCCGCCGGCCUUCGCCGAGGCCGGGCGGCAGAGCGGGCUGCAGGUGUGGCGGGUCGAGCGGCUGGAGCUGGUGCCGGUGCCCCCCAGCCGCCACGGCGACUUCUUCGUGGGGGACGCCUACCUGGUGCUGCGCACCGUCCGCCGCGGCGCCGCCGCCGCCUACCGCCUCCACUACUGGCUCGGGAAAGAAUGUACCCAGGAUGAAAGCACAGCUGCAGCUAUCUUUGCUGUUCAAAUGGAUGACUAUUUAGGAGGAAAGCCCGUGCAAAGUAGAGAAAUUCAAGGAAAUGAGUCUACUGAGUUUGUGGGCUACUUCAAAGGAGGAAUUAAAUACAAGGCAGGUGGUGUUGCCUCUGGAUUUAAUCAUGUUGUUACUAAUGAUCUGAGUGCCCAGAGGCUUCUGCAUAUCAAGGGCCGGAGAGUUGUAAGAGCCACAGAAGUCCCCCUGGCUUGGGCCAGCUUCAACAAAGGAGAUUGUUUCAUUAUUGACCUUGGAACUGAAAUCUAUCAGUGGUGUGGCUCAUCAUGCAAUAAAUAUGAGCGUCUGAAGGCUACUCAAGUUGCUGUUGGCAUUCGGGACAAUGAACGAAAUGGAAGGUCUAAAUUAAUUACUGUGGAAGAAGGGAGUGAACCAAACCAGCUCAUAAAGGUUUUAGGGAGCAAGCCAGCGCUUCCUGACGGUGAUGAUGAUGAUGAUGAACUGGCCGAUAUUACAAACAGGAGAAGCGCUAAACUAUAUAUGGUGUCAGAUGCAAGUGGAUCCAUGAAGGUGUCUGUGGUAGCAGAGGAAAACCCCUUCUCCAUGGCUAUGCUUUUGUCUGAGGAGUGCUUCAUUUUGGACAAUGGUGCUGCAAGGAAGAUAUUUGUGUGGAAAGGCAAAGAUGCUAACCCACAAGAGAGGAAGGCUGCCAUGAAGAAUGCUGAACAAUUCAUACAGCAGAUGAAUUACCCUGCCAACACACAGAUUCAAGUCCUUCCCGAAGGAGGUGAAACACCAAUUUUCAAACAAUUUUUCAAAGACUGGAAGGAUAAAGAUCAAAGUGAUGGCUUUGGCAAAGUAUAUGUCACAGAGAGAGUGGCUAAAAUUGAGCAGAUUGAAUUUGAUGCUACCAAGUUACACGAGUCUCCACAAAUGGCUGCCCAGCAUAACAUGGUAGAUGAUGGUUCAGGAAAAGUAGAGAUCUGGCGUGUGGAAAGCAGCGGUAGAGUUCCUGUGGGACCUGAGACAUACGGACAGUUCUACGGUGGUGACUGCUACAUUAUCCUUUACACUUACCCUAAAGGGCAGAUCAUCUACACAUGGCAAGGAGCCCAUACUACAAAAGAUGAACUGACUGCAUCUGCAUUUCUGACGGUUCAGCUGGAUCGCUUAUUGAAUGGUCAGGCUGUGCAGAUCCGAGUCAGCCAAGGCAAAGAGCCUGCACAUUUACUGAGCUUGUUCAAAAACAAACCGCUUAUUGUUUACAAGGAUGGGACAUCCAAGAAGGAAGGUCAGAAACCUGCUCCACCCACGCGACUCUUCCAAAUCCGCAGGAACCUGGCAGACAUUACCAGGAUUGCAGAGGUUGACGUUGAUGCAAUGUCACUAAACUCCAAUGAUGUCUUUGUUCUGAAACUGCCAAACAACUCUGGCUACACCUGGGUAGGAAAAGGAGCAAACAAAGAAGAGGAACAAGGGGCUCAAUACAUUGCCAGUGUUCUUAAAUGCCAGACUGCUAUGAUUAAUGAAGGCCAGGAACCAGAGGAAUUCUGGAAAGCACUUGGAGGUAAAAAAAAAUACCAGACUUCAUCACAACUCUUGACAAAGGCUGAAGAUCAUCCCCCUCGCCUGUAUGGUUGUUCUAAUAAGACUGGCAGAUUUAUUAUUGAGGAAGUCCCAGGAGAAUUUACUCAGGACGACUUGGCUGAAGAUGAUGUCAUGUUGCUCGAUGCUUGGGAACAGGUUUUUGUCUGGAUUGGGAAGGAUGCUAAUGAAACUGAGCAACAGGAAUCCGUUAAAUCAGCCAAACGCUAUAUUGAAACAGAUCCUUCUGGCAGAGAUAAGGGGACCCCCAUUGUCAUUGUGAAGCAGGGGCAUGAACCCCCGACAUUCACAGGCUGGUUCCUGGCUUGGGACUCCAACAAAUGGAAGAACUGAUCUAUCCAGGGAGGCUCCAGCUUCAAGCCAAAGAAUGAUCAGAGCCCAGCUACUUUCUAGUGUUUUUAAGCAUAAGCUUAUGCAACAAUAUGAUGCAUCUGUUGUUACGCUUUCCUGAGCUUUGAUAUAUUUCUGCGAAUAACCUAGAAAGUCUUAGCACUGGGAAGGAUAAAUAAUAGUUGUAAACUGGUCAAAUGGGGUGAGUGAGGCUCUUCAUGUAGUAAAUAUGGGAAGUGCUACCAAUACUUUGUUUAAUCUAUUGAUUCUUCAAAUAUAAGCUCUGGAUCAGUUUAUUUUAAUGUGCUAAAGUGGGCCAAAUUCUGCCUUCACUUAAAAAUCCAAACUAAUGCCACAGAAAUUCCUUUAGAUUAAGGUCAGCAUAAUAUUGUGCAGAAUUUGGCCUGGU